AUGAAUAAAGAAUUCCAAGACGCACAAGAAGGCACACAAUAUGGCGCUGUGGAACGCGGAGAGCGCAGUUCCAUUGUCACUUCUGACGAGAAUAUUGACGGACGAGAAUUUUCCCGUGCAAGUCGCGACGGAGCGGAGGUUUAUAAAGUAUCCGUCCGUGUACCACCAUUCUGGCCCGAAGAACCGGAAAUAUGGUUCGCUCAGGUGGAGGGACAAUUUUCAAUUUCCGGCAUUACCAACGACGCUACAAAAUUCAAUUAUGUCAUCAGCCAGUUGGACAAUAAAUAUUCUAGAGAGGUGAAGGAUAUUAUUAUAAGUCCUCCCGCGACGCAGAAAUAUGACAAGCUCAAGGCUGAGCUCAUCAAGAGGCUGACGGCAUCAAAUGAAAAUAAGCUGAAGCAGUUGUUGAUGCAUGAGGAGCUAGGAGAUCGGAAGCCCUCCCAAUUUCUUCGCCAUUUAAAGGGACUGGCUGGUAUCGACGUUCCGGACGACUUCCUAAAGACCAUAUGGAUCAGUCGUCUCCCACAUGGUGUCCAGACGGUGUUAGCGGGACAGCCUGCCACUACUCACGUGGAUGACUUGGCAGAUUUGGCAGACCGGGUAAACGACCUCACUGUAGUGUCGCCCAGGGUAGCUUCUAUGAACCAGGCCUCCUCUAAUACGGAGCUCAGUGACCUUAGAAGGGAAGUCGCGGAGCUUCGUAGGCAAAUGCAGUCGCUGACGACUAAUAGAGGCAUUCCGCAACAGCACCAGCAACGACCAUCUCGACGUACCACGCGCAGUAGAUCUCGGUCAAAAUCGCGGUCACAGUCUAAUUACCGCAAAUUCCCGAUCUGCUGGUACCACAGUAAAUUCGGCGAUAAGGCCAGCCACUGUAUCCACCCCUGUGACUUUAAAAUGGCGGGAAACUCCAUGGGCAGUCGGUAA